UCGCAACUCUUAAUAUAUCUCUAUAAAACAGUCAUUAGAAACAAGAAAUGCCCUCCUUCCUCGCCCCCUCCCUCGCCUUGCCAGCCCUCCCCUCCUAGAUCGUUGCCUCUCUUGGCACAAUGCAUAAGAUUACCCUUAACUGGAUCCUAUUAAAUAAUUCAAUGGUGGCGGUGUAAUUUUGGUUGGAAACUGCACGGAUUUCCAAGUCGUGACUGUAAAAGUGAGUAAUGUGCUCUGGCUGCGUCAUGGCUCCAGUCACAGAUGGUUCCAAACUGAGGAGAAAUCGUGACUUCGACUUGAGACGUCCCCUCUUCCAUGAAAAGACCAUCCAAUCACAACGGCGUCGAGGGGCAGCCGGACUCCGCGGAGCUCGCUUUCUCCUUGCUCUCCCGUGUGUGUGUGUGUGUGUGUGUGUGUGUAUAAAAUCCUCAACAAGUUGCAGAAGGGGAAGGGAGAGGAGGGGUUAAUCCCGGGGAAUCUUCUGCACCUAGUGAGAUCGUGACCCUCCCACACAGUACAGUAACUUAUAUACAUACCUGGAGGAAGGGACGCUUUGCUUUUUUUUGGGGGGGGCUUUCUUUAAAAAAAAAAAAAACAAACCAACCAAACAAGACCAUGCAUAAAACAAACAAACAAACAAAAAAAACCCCAACAACAAAACAACCCAAACAAAAACCAAACCCCGCCAAAACCUCCCCAAAAAUCCGCUGGCUGAUGGUUCGCACCCCCCGGCGCGGGACUCCCCGGGACGCGCCCCGCCAGGUGAGGGCCGCGCCGUCGAGGCCGGAGGCGACGCGGGAGCAGCCAGGGCCGCCGGCAGGGUUUCAGGGAGCGCGGGGUGGCCCGGGUCUGGACAGAGGGAUGUCCGUCCGUGGGACACGAGCAUCACUUCCCAGUUUGGCCGCCUUCCGUGUGAUGGAGCGACGUAGCCCAGUUGUGGGUUGACUUUUAGGGCUUGCAUCACCCCCACCCCCGGACGGGUUUGCAUCUGCGGUUGUCUGGAGCUGGCCACCUGCCCCAACUGCCAGGAGAUGCUGCAGAGAUGUGGAUCUCCAGAGCCUUGGCAAGCUGCUUUUGCCCCGUCCUGUCUCUCCCUUGCCCGGUCCUGUGGAAGAUGGAAGAGUGAGAAUCAGCGGUGUGUCAUCAUUCUGCCAACAAUUGGUGACCCUCUUUGAAAGCCAAGAGAAGAAGGUGGGGUGGGGUGGCCACAGCAAGUGUGGGCUCUUUCCAACGAUUCACAAUUGUGAGGUGGGAUGCUUGGACCUCCCUCUGAUGACCCAUGUUCUUCUCCCUUACUAGAACAACCCAGGUUCUUUCCAACACGCACGACGUGUUGAGAUUCUCCACGCAGGUCGAAGUAGGAUUGCAAAUUGAGGAAAGAUUAGAUUAGAUUAAAUUACCCCAGCAAUUUUGCACUUCCUUGUGAUCCAGGUCCUGUCUGUGGUGGGUGUUACAAGAUCCAGGGAGGGACUCUUUGUCAGGAGGUGUAGUGACAGGACAAAGGGUAAUGGUUUUAAACUG